AUGAGUACUGGAGAUCUUCUUAGCAUUCAGCCCACAGAGCUCAAAUUCCCAUUUGAAGUGAAGAAGCAGAGCUCAUGUUCCUUGCAAUUGACCAACAAAACUGAUAAAUAUGUGGCGUUCAAGGUUAAAACAACCAAUCCAAAAAAAUACUGUGUCCGGCCCAAUGCCGGAAUUGUUUUGCCUGGAACAACAUGUGAUGUUACAGUUACAAUGCAAGCACAAAAAGAGGCACCCCCAGAUAUGCAGUGCAAGGACAAAUUUCUCCUUCAAAGUGUUGUUGCACCAGAUGGUGUAACUCCGAAAGACAUAACGCCUGAAAUGUUCAACAAGGAGGAUGGUAAAGUUGUGGGAGAGUUCAAAUUGCGGGUAGUCUACUUUCCUGCGAAUCCCCCAUCACCUGUCCCUGAAGGAUCUGACGAAGGCUCUUCUCCCAGGGCUUCAGUGCUUGAUAAUGGGAAUCAAAACACUUCCUUGUUUGAUGCUGUAUCAAGAUCUCUUGAGGAACCGAAAGAGAAGUCAUCAGAGGCAUGGUCCAUGAUUUCCAAGUUGACUGAGGAGAAGACCUCUGCUUUGCAACAAAGUCAGAAACUACAUCGUGAACUGGCUGCCAAUAGCAUUACCACCCUUUGA